AUGAUAAAUGAUUAUUACAACAAAGUCAAAUUAAAACAAACUAUUACUACAACAAACAUUAAUACCACAUGUCGUUCUUCUGGCCGUUUAUCAAAAAUUGUUUAUCCGCAUAUCCAUGUAGCUGCCAUUGACAACGGAUUGCCAUUCCCGUUUAAACAUCCUGAUCAAUGGCGUUUCUGCCCAUAUGGUCCUUUGGCUCUUUGCGCAAGUCACAAUUUAAUGGUAUGGAAUAUGAUCGAAUCUAUUGAAGUACCAGAAGAACCUGAUCAUAUGGAAAGUGGCAAUGACAAUAACAAUUACCAGUCAAAUAAUAUCGAGAUUGAUGGUGCUAGAAAUUCAUUACAAAAUCUUGAAUUAUGGAGAGGCUUCUAG